ACUAAAUUAAUAACAUUAAUAGAUUCUGCUCUUUUUUUCUCUCUCCACCGUCACUUCCUUCUCCUAACUUUCUCACUAUCUUCCUUUAUUUUCUCUCCAAACAAAUAUAAAAAAACUUUAUUUGCUUUCUUUAAUUCUUCCUCAGUUUUUCAUUCAAGAAUCUUCUUAAUUCUUAGAAUGGUUUCAUUGGGAGUUAUAUAUAGUAAUAUUGUAGCAUAUGUGUUUCUGUUUAGUGUGUCUUUGGUUUUGGCUGGUGAUAUAGUUCAUCAUGAUGAUGUUGCUCCUACAAGGCCUGGUUGUGAGAAUAACUUUGUUCUGGUCAAAGUCCCAACUUGGAUUGAUGGUGUGGAAAACGCCGAAUAUGUUGGUGUCGGUGCAAGAUUCGGUCCUACAUUGGAAUCAAAAGAAAAACAUGCCAAUCAUACUAGAGUUGUCAUGGCCGAUCCUCCUGAUUGUUGUAGCAAGCCAAAGAAUAAGCUCACCAAUGAGAUCAUUUUGGUGCACCGAGGAAAAUGUAGUUUCACAACCAAGGCAAAUAUAGCUGAUGAAGCCGGUGCUUCAGCCAUUCUCAUCAUAAACUAUCGUACAGAACUUUUUAAGAUGGUUUGUGAGGAAAAUGAAACUGAUGUUGAUAUUGGAAUACCUGCUGUUAUGCUUCCACAAGAUGCUGGAUUAAACUUGGAAAGACACAUACAAAAUAACUCCAUAGUGUCCAUACAGUUAUACUCUCCACUUCGUCCAUUGGUUGAUGUUGCGGAAGUGUUUUUGUGGCUUAUGGCUGUUGGUACCAUUUUAUGUGCUUCUUAUUGGUCUGCUUGGACUGCCAGAGAAGCUGCUAUUGAGCAAGAGAAGCUCUUAAAGGAUGCUUCAGAUGAAUAUGUUGCAGAAAGUGUUGGUUCUCGUGGUUAUGUGGAAAUCAGUACUACAGCAGCAAUUUUAUUUGUCGUGCUUGCUUCUUGUUUCUUGGUUAUGCUGUACAAAUUAAUGUCAUUCUGGUUUCUUGAAGUUCUGGUGGUUCUUUUUUGCAUUGGAGGAAUAGAGGGUCUACAAACAUGUCUGACGGCUCUAUUAUCAUGUUUCAGAUGGUUUCAGUAUCCUGCACAAACAUAUGUGAAGAUACCGUUCUUUGGAGCCGUUCCAUAUCUGACACUUGCUGUUACUCCCUUCUGCAUAGUAUUUGCGGUGGUUUGGGCGGUUAAACGACAAGCAUCAUAUGCGUGGAUUGGUCAAGAUAUUCUAGGUAUUGCGUUGAUCAUUACAGUUCUUCAGAUUGUUCGCAUACCAAAUCUCAAGGUUGGGACUGUUCUUCUCAGUUGUGCUUUCCUGUAUGACAUCUUAUGGGUGUUCGUCUCUAAAUGGUGGUUUCAUGAGAGCGUGAUGAUAGUGGUAGCUCGAGGUGAUAAGAGUGGAGAAGACGGUAUUCCCAUGCUUCUCAAGUUACCACGUUUGUUUGAUCCUUGGGGUGGUUACAGCAUCAUUGGUUUCGGGGACAUAAUCUUACCGGGACUUGUAGUAGCAUUUUCACUAAGGUAUGAUUGGUUGGCAAAGAAGAACCUCCGAGCUGGAUACUUUGUGUGGGCAAUGACUGCUUAUGGUCUAGGUCUCCUCAUCACAUAUGUCGCUUUAAACUUGAUGGAUGGACAUGGCCAGCCAGCUUUGCUCUAUAUAGUCCCAUUUACACUUGGCACCUUUCUGUCAUUGGGAAAGAAGAGAGGUGAUCUCAAGAUUUUAUGGACAAGAGGAGAACCAGAAAGGCAUUGUCCUCAUAUUCAAGAAGUUAACCAAUCAAUUAACCAACAUUGAUCUUCAUCAGAUUUGUAUCUUAGUUAUUAGUUUAUAUAGGAGAGUGAUAGCAACCGUUAGGACAUUGUGUAUAUGUAACAUUGUUAUCGUAACAAAACUGCAGCCAAAUGAUUUGAUAGCAUGGACUUCAAAUCAGCAGCUGACAGUUGAAAUAUAUACCACCCUAUUGUGUGAUGUAACAUUAAUUUUUUCUUCUCCUGAGAUAGCAAGUUGGAGAUCAGAAGAUUAUUUGAGAAUCAAUAUUCUAGUUGAUGGCCUUGCUUCCAUGAGAGUCUUCUCAAAAUCCAAGUCUUGUUAAAGCAAAAUGACCUCACAGAAGAAGAUUCAAAAGAGGGAAGACUAAUAAAAGGUUUGCGUACACUGCAGUUGUUGUUUAUUAUUGAGUCAUAACUCUACUGUAAUGUAAUAUUAUUGUGAUGAUUAAUAUUACCUUAAUUACCAUUCAUGUUAUUCUUGUUGUGUGAA